GGCGGCGGAGGCGGCGGCGGCGGCCCUAGUCGGAGGCGCGGAGGACGCUGCCGCCGGUGCGGGCAGAGCUGCGCGCUGCGCUCCGCGGCCGCUUGAGUGGCGGCCGGGGCUGCCCCGUCCCUGCCCGCCGCUCCCUUCAUGAGUCGCAAGUUCGGGCCGGGAGCAGCAGCGGCGGCGGCGGCGGUGGGGCGGCGGGAGCCCGGCAGGGCAGGCGGCACCGACUGAGCAUGGCCGAGCGGCGCGGGCCGGCGGUGAGCGGCGGCGGGGAAGUUGGCAGCGGCCGGUGCCCGCGGCUGCCGCUGCUGCUGGUGCUGCUGUGGGCGGCGGCGCUCCCGGCUGGGGGGCAGCUGCCGGCGUCGCAGUACAACGGCGAGCGGGGCAUCUCCAUCCCUGACCACGGCUACUGCCAGCCCAUCUCCAUCCCGCUCUGCACCGACAUCGCCUACAACCAGACCAUCAUGCCCAACCUGCUGGGCCACACCAAUCAGGAGGACGCGGGGCUGGAGGUCCACCAGUUCUACCCGCUGGUGAAGGUGCAGUGCUCGGCCGAGCUCAAGUUCUUCCUGUGCUCCAUGUACGCGCCGGUGUGCACCGUGCUGGAGCAGGCCCUGCCGCCCUGCCGCUCCCUCUGCGAGCGGGCCCGCCAGGGCUGCGAGGCCCUCAUGAACAAGUUCGGCUUCCAGUGGCCCGACACGCUGCGCUGCGAAAAGUUCCCGGUGCACGGGGCUGGCGAGCUCUGCGUGGGGCAGAACGCCUCCGAGCGCGGCACCCCCACGCCCGCCCUGCGCCCCGAGAGCUGGACCAGCAACCCGCACCGCGGGGGCGCCGGCGCCGGGGGCGCGGGGCCCGGGGAGCCCCGCGGGCGCUUCACCUGCCCGCGGGCGCUGAAGGUGCCCUCGUACCUCAACUACCGCUUCCUGGGAGAGAAGGACUGCGGGGCGCCCUGCGAGCCCGGCCGCCUCUACGGGCUCAUGUACUUCGGGCCCGAGGAGCUGCGCUUCUCCCGCACCUGGAUCGGCAUCUGGUCUGUGCUCUGCUGUGCCUCUACCCUCUUCACCGUCCUCACCUACUUGGUGGACAUGAAGCGAUUCAGCUACCCCGAGCGGCCCAUCAUCUUCCUCUCGGGCUGCUACACGGCGGUGGCCGUGGCCUACAUCGCCGGCUUCCUCCUGGAGGAGAGGGUGGUCUGCAACGAGCGCUUUGCCGAGGACGGCUCCCGCACCGUGGCGCAGGGCACGAAGCGGGAGGGCUGCACCAUCCUCUUCAUGAUGCUCUACUUCUUUGGCAUGGCCAGCUCCAUCUGGUGGGUCAUCCUCUCCCUUACCUGGUUCCUUGCUGCUGGCAUGAAGUGGGGCCAUGAGGCCAUUGAGGCCAACUCCCAGUACUUUCAUCUGGCCGCCUGGGCCGUGCCGGCCAUCAAGACCAUCACCAUCCUUGCCCUGGGACAAGUGGAUGGCGACGUCCUCAGCGGCGUCUGCUUUGUGGGCAUCAACAACGUGGAUGCCCUGAGGGGCUUCGUGCUGGCCCCCUUGUUCGUCUACCUGUUCAUCGGUACCUCUUUCCUGCUGGCUGGCUUUGUGUCCCUCUUCAGGAUCCGGACCAUCAUGAAGCAUGACGGCACCAAGACAGAAAAGCUGGAGAAGCUCAUGGUGAGGAUAGGCAUCUUCAGCGUCCUGUACACGGUGCCGGCCACCAUCGUCAUUGCCUGCUAUUUUUACGAGCAAGCUUUUAGGGAACAGUGGGAGAGGAGCUGGGUCACGCAGAGCUGUAAGAGUUAUGCCAUUCCCUGCCCCAACAACCACAGCGGCCACCACCCGCCCAUGAGCCCCGACUUCACUGUCUUCAUGAUCAAGUAUCUCAUGACCUUAAUCGUGGGCAUCACCUCGGGCUUCUGGAUCUGGUCUGGGAAAACCCUGAACUCCUGGAGGAAGUUUUACACCAGGCUCACCAACAGCAAGCAGGGCGAGACCACGGUCUGAGACCCCUGCUUGCCCGGCUAGGGAGAUGCGAGCAGGCGGAGGACUGAGGCUCUGCCUCGGGAAGCAGCUCCUUAUCCAGCCUGGGCAAACUUUUGGGACUGCGAGUGGCUUCCGCAGGCGGCGGGGAGCGGAGGACGAGCUAGGGGGACCCCAGUGCUGGGAUCUCCGGGCUCUGCCCGCCCCGUGCUGCUCGGGCUGUCUCCUGUAGGAGCUGAACGCACUGUCAGGUUGGGGGAGAGGGAUGUAAAUAGCCUCUGUAAGAUUUUGUAAGUAUAUUUGUAUUUAAAUUACAAAAAACCUCACUUUUUUUUUUUAAUUAUUUAGGACACUUCUAACCCGUUUGCGGAUUUUACUUCCUCGCUUAUCACCUCCCCCACUCCCCCCGCCCCGCUUUUUUUUUUUUUUUUUUUUUAAUUUAAAGGAAAAAAAGGCUUUGUAUUUUUAUUUCGUAGGGAAGGAUGGGUGAAGCUGCCGGUAAAAGAAUCGAAAACAAAUCCCCUUUUUGUCCCCCCCACAGGUUUUGUAAUGGCUUUGCUUGGAAUUUCAGCUGCAUGAGCAGGAGGGCCUGGAGCGGGGCUGCGGCCGGGGGCGCCUCCUGACCCGGGCUGGGUCCCGGUCCCGGUCCCGGUCCCGGCCCGCCCGCGGUAGCGAGGAGGUGGGGAUGGGGAUGGGGAGGGAGGGAGGAGCGCCGCUUCCCCCCGGCCCCGGCCACGUCCGGGGAGCACCGACCCCGCCCGGUCCCGUACGGGGAGACGGAGAAGUGCCCGAGCACGGCGCAGGGACGGCGCCGAGCCCCGGGGCCUCUCUGGGGGUACAGGGAGCAGCCGUGCCCGGGGCUCGGGGCGGGCCGCUCUGAGCGGGGGAGCCCCUCGCGGGGUGCCGGGUCCGGCCGUGCCGCGCACGGCUCGGCAGCGGCUGGCCCGGUUCGGUGUACGGGCUGGAGUUUGUUCACACCGCCUGCACCUGUAGCACCGAGCACGAGGGCUCGGGAGGUGGAUGGCGGCAGAGGUACACCGACAUUCCCUCCUGCUGGGGCUUUUUUCCAAGCCCCCUUUCCAGUGCGGGGGCGCCCCGCGGGUGCUCCCACCGCCGCCCGGCCCGGUCCCUCCCCGCCGGGCUGUGCCGGCUGGGGUCAGCAGGAUCAGGAAAUACGGGCUCCCUGAAAAGAGCCUCAUCGGAAUAAAACGCAGCAUUCCCUUUGGGGCUUUUGUUUGUUCCCUCCCUGCCCCCUAGUUAUAUUCAUACACCGGCUCUUCAUAUGGGAAACAUUGGAGCCAUUGCCAUUGCUCUGAAUUUUAAUUCGUUGAGAUUUAAAUCAUUACACAUUAUGAGGGUGUGAUGAUUUUUGCUAGUAGUGAAAACAAUGGAAAGGAAAACAGUAAAGCAGAAUGCUUAAGCGUUCUGGUGAGAUGUGAGACCUGAAAGAGCCUCUGCUGUCUUUUCCCCCUCUUUUUUCGGUACAGAAAUAACAUUGCAUACUGCAAGGAUAAAAUACCAUGUGUGCAGUAUAUCAGCUACCUUGUAUGCUCCUGGGUGUGUGGGAUUGUGCUUCUAAUACGUUAAAAAAGUUAAAAGACGAAAUUGUAACUUUCAACAGAUGCAUUUGAAUAUGUAGACCUCUGUAUGAAAAACAGCAGAAUGCUUCUCUCCUGAUUGUAUUGUUUUAAACUUUUCUUUAUAUUACAAAUGCCUGUAUUUAGGUUCAUAAACAUUAUCUAUGGCUACCGUACCCUGAAAUGCAAAAUUAUUUUAAUUUGGUAUGCAUUUAUUUCUGUUCAUUAUCACAAGAUCAUCUAUAUUUAUAGAGGAAUAGAAAUUUAUAUAUAUUAAAUACCAUAUUUUUAAUUUCUCUGAAAUAAAUUGAGGUUUUGUACAAAAGUAGCUUGUUCCUUUACGUAUUCCUCUAACUCCUACUGUGUGAGAGCAGUGUAUAUACUACAAGAUGUGUGGGAUUCCUUUUUUCUUUUCUUAUGUUGAGUUCACAGUAACAAGCUGGAAUUCAGUGUAGGAAUUCAUUGUGCAUUUUGGUUUUUAUCUCUGGGCCAGUCUAGAUUAAUCCUUCAAAAGAAGUAAUGUAAACUGUUCAAGAUCUCUGGCAGGGUAUGGUCAGUGGUGUGAAAUCCAAGAAGAGAUCUGCUAUAUGGCAGGAGAAGAAAGAAGCUCACCAGUUCUUUUUUGGUGAGUUUGGUGGGGGUUUGUGGUUUUUUUUCUUUUAUUUUUUUGGUUGCAGAAAAGAGUUCUCACAACUUAGCCUUUCUUCUCAUUUUCCUUUUUAUUAAAAUUUAAAAAAAACCCUCAGUGCUUAAAAUAACACUAAUUAUGUUGCAAUAUUGUCAGAAUAUUUUAAUUAGUAAAAUAGAUUUAUUUCUUGAAUUUUGACUGUUUGGUUAAUCCAGAGUUAAAUGUUCGUGGAAGCAUUUCAGCUUUAUGGAAAGUACACGCAUUCUUGAACCUUUCAAAGCAAUAUAUUUUUUUUUCUCUUUUUUCUGUAACUCACUGUUUGAAGUGUCAUUCGGUAAGUGUGGAUUUAUUAGGGUUAUACUGGUUAAUUAUCCAACUUGAUUUUUGAUUUUUAGUGUUAUAAGCUAGUAAAGCAUUUCUCUCUGUAGAUCUGGAGACAGAUACAAAUUAUUUUUGGCUUGUUUACUUCAUUCAAAUUGUGAUGCAUAAACAGCUACAAGGAAAUAAGGGAAGCUUAACAGAAUUUCUCUAAGGUGAGACAAGGGGGCAGGGUUUUCUCAUUAUUUUAAAAUUUGUUCUACACAACCAUAAUUCCUGCUUUCUCAGAUAUUUGGACAUUUUUCUGAAAUUUUUUUCCUCUUCAAGUUUUGAGGGUUUUUUUUUUUCCUUUUUUGGGGGCUAUUUUGGCAUUUAAAAUUGUGCUGAUCAGCACUCUGCUAAUGAACUGAAGUACAAGCCAUUCACUUUCGUUGCAAUGGAAUUCUUUUUGGUCAGUGUAUAAUUACAUUUCAGUCCUUUUGGCUAAUCUUGUUUUCUUGCAACAAUGUAUGUUAUCUAUUUAUGGGUGGGAGAACACAUUUAUUUGUAACAGAGAUGUUGCAAUUAUGGUAAAGGUAGGAAGACCAAUUUUUAAAAACACUUCUCAGAAAUGAAGAAUGGAUUUUUUUCUACAAGAAGUAAAAUGUCAGUAUUUACAGAUCAGAUAUGGAUCCCCUUCAGUUCUCUGGGUUUUUGGGGUUUUUUUUCAGAACUAAAGCUCCAUGUUCAAUCUUGGUUAUUAUAAUAAAUAUACUAGAGAGUGCAAUAUGUUCAUAAAUCUGUUGAAAGAACACCCCCUGCUUUUUUGUUUGCUAUUUGGUUUGCUAUAAAAAUUUUGUUGCAAUUUCUGUGACCCUUCACAGGGCAGUAUUUUGCAAAGGUCACAGUCAUCACUGAAUGCUGUGGCACUGUCUGUGUGGCUCAUCCACCUUUUUAUGUUUGAUUUCUCAACACAUAAUGGUAUUUCAGAUGCUUUAUUAGUAAGAUACAAAAAUAUCUUUUGCAUGGGGCCUCAGUAAUGGUUUACUGUUAAAAGGAAAUCUAUCCAUUGCUCCAGGGGUUUUAGAUGGCAGUUUUUACAACAUAGUCUGGGUGAUUGAUGUGCCAUGGCAACCAGAGAAAGUAUCAAUAUACAGUAAGUAGAAAGUAUCAGCAUAUGAAGAAGCAGUUUUUCCCACUUCUCUUGUCCCUGACAAAGUUAUUAUAAGAACAAACUUGAUAAAACAAAAUUUUUUGGACUGAAGUUCUUGUUUAAGCAUUCCAUACUCAGCAGCUUUCCUUUCUCUCAUGGGAUAUAUUUAUACCCUGAAAUGAAGGGACACUCAAAAUCACCAUUCCCCUGAAGAGGGCUGUAGCCUGAAGAGCUGGGGAUGUUGAUUUACUGUUCAUCCUUCAGUAACAGUAAUGCUCUUUAAUGUAGUGGCAAAUUUGUGGUAUUGGAAUGAAAUUGUACGCUGUUUCCAUAACAAAUCCUAUUGGGAAGGAGUAGGAUUUCUGGUUUGUUCAUAUAGUAAUGCCCAAAAAUCUCUGGUAUAUGCACAUAUUUGUGUGUGUUUCUGUUGUGUUUGGUUUUGUUUUUUCUUCAAUAGAGGGGCAAGACAAGACUGAAAGCUAGUGGGGCUCAAAUGUGCCCUCUGGAUGAUGCCCACCCUUCUGCUGCCAUCCCUUUGCACUUUUUAAAAAAAUUGUUAUUCAAAGGGAUGGUGACUAGGUAUGAGAAGAGACUGCUGUUUAUUUACAUGAUGAGUAUUUUUCAAAGUAGGCUAUGGGCUAGUAUCUUAUCAGUCUUUUGCCAAUCCCAGUCACGAGAGACAACCUCCAGACUGACACUGUAGUUCUUUUUAAAAGGUGUGAACCCUGAAGCUGAGCAGAGAAAGUAAUCCUGAGUUUGUCAUGAUGCACUAUAAAAUUAUUGAGAGUACCCUUGCAAGAGGUUUGCACUUGUGUGGCGUAAUCUUCCACUCCAGUGCUGCAUGGCCUCAGAAGGAGCUUCAGCUAGCAAAACUCAAGACAGAUGAAGAGGUGCUAAAUCAAACAUUUCAAUACUUACCUAUAAAAAUAAGGAAACCGAGGCACACCUCUGCUUUUGUCAUGGAUUUACCCUCUAGUUCUCAGGAGCUGGAAUUGCAUUUAUUUGGUACAUGUUUCCAGUGACAGCACUACAUGACUGGCAAUACUGUGCAAAAUCUGAAUAUGAGCCUCACCCUCCCUUUUAAUGGUCCUAGAUUGUAUUGGUUGCUGUUUGCAUUGCUGGACCCAGAGCAUCAUUGCUCUACAUGGUGUGCAAACUUGGGGUCAAUGGAUCAUAUGGAUCCUGAUUUCAAAUAUUGAUUCAAAAAUGCAACUCAAAAAUGUGCUUAGACCCAUUAGAAGAGAGGGAUGCUCUUGUGUCCAUAGCUGUGAGAGUUUUUCAUAUUUGUAAAUCUCUUGCAUCUCUGGUCCAGUUGAACUGUAAGGCUUAGGCAAUGAUUCACACUCAUAUGGAGAAAGAGAACUUAGUUUUUCUUGCUUUGGACUGACCCCUUUGCUGUUUCUGUGUUUACAGCACAAAAGAGAAAUGCUUUGUUAUGAAGCUCCUGAUCAAUUUUGAAAUAGUAGUACUUUAAUAAGAGUAGUAAUUUUAAAAUAGGAUUGCAGGUUUACGAAGCAAGACUUGUCUUAGAGCUGAGACCUUGGUUUCCACAGUUUAGUUUUUAGAAGUCAGCAAACAUUUUAAGAUGUGAAAUAGCUUCUUAAGGACAAAAUAAGCAUGCCAGGAUUGGGUCCUGGACACAUUUCAAGCAUUAUGAGCCCCAUAUUCAUUUGUGGAUGGUUAAACAGCAUCACCACCCAGCGAUGCUGUUAAAGCAGACUAGAUAAGUCCUGUAAGAAAAAAGGCACAAUUGCAUUUACAUGCCAACUUAAAUUCAUUCUGCACCUUUUGUCAUUUGGGGUCACUAAAUGGAGAAGCAAAUGUAAUUUCUGUCAUAUGGGAGAGAUUUCAGUGAAUUAGCGAAAUCGACCUUAGUAAACAAUAUGUAAUUGCAAGUGUAACAUCUUCCAGAUAAAAGCAAUACCACUUUGAUAAUUCAAUUGUAGACAAUGCUUAAAAAAAUUAAAUACUUUAAAACAUG